AUGGUUUCACCUCUUGUAAAGUACAAGCAGCUCAACAAGAGCAUUCACCUCGUCGGAUUUUCUCUUGGCUGCCUAGUCGCUACCAUCUUUGCGACUGAGAACGAGGAGAAAGUGCUUUCGUUGACUCUGAUCGCCCCUGCAGCCGGUCUAAACAAGAAGGAUGAAGAUUUCAGAAGCAAGCAUGUUAGCUUGAAUCUGCUCCACAAAGGUCUUUGCUUCUAUGCCAACUUUCCUUUCGUCUCAGCGCUUGCUACGCCUCUGGGAGGGCUUGUCUUGAGGCAUUUGUCCUCUUUGCUAGGCCCAACUUCUCAGCAAUUGGCUGCUCUCUAUAGUACACAAAAAAAUGCACUGGUGCAGCGGGCGAUGAUGCAGUACAUCAACUCCUUCCGCUUCCUCGCGGCGCUUUGGUUGACACAGCAUCAAAUAUUCGGAGAGAAGGACAAGCUUGUCCCCUUCACAGUGAUGCGACGAUGUGAAGAACUUUUCCCUCACGCCCAUGUCUUCGUCGCACGAGACGCCGGCCACAACGUGAUCCUGCAUGCGCAGAGAGCGGUUGCAACGAGGAUCAUCGAUUUCCUCAAUGAGCACUUUUCAAGCUGA